CAGUUGCGCCAUGCUUGAGAUCGAUAUCAACGCCGUGGGGCGAGCACGAUUACCUUUUACAGUCGUGGACAUUGUGAUGGGUUGAUUUCCGGUCCAGCCUGCUAAGGCUUGAGGUACUGGUCCGGUGACUUAGACUUGCAGCAAAGGCACAUAUUUUCUUUCCAUAACUGUCUGAUAAUGAGUCCUUCCAUACCACUCGCGCCGUAGAGAAUAUCACCCUGCUCAACACCAUGUCAACUUCAACAACCACCACCAAUGGUUCCAUACCAGACCUUAUCAACAGAUAUAGCGGUGUCCCAGCACGUCUGGCACAAGAAGCUAUCGACGCCAAGUCCAGAUUAUACUCCCAAAAGACAGUCCCCGAUAGUGUCUCGAGAAGACGGACUGCCUUGCCACCUGGUAUCUCGCGAGAGGCUUUCGAUCGGGCAGUCACCGAAUUGAGGCAAUCACUGGGUCAGGAGAAUGUCGACCUCAAUGAUAAACCUCUAGUGGAUGGGUGGUACAUGGAGCAUCCUAACACGCACGAUGCCUACCACAUAGCCGAUCAGGAAGAGCUGAUAGCCAGCGCAAUCGUGUACCCUUCCAGCACGACCGAGGUGCAGAUCGUCGUCAAAUGGGCGAACACUCACAAAAUCCCCGUCUACCCGAUCUCCAUGGGCCGGAACAUCGGUUACGGCGGUGCGGGACCUCGCGUUCCCGGCGCUGUCGUGAUCGACUUGGGCAAGCGCAUGAGCAAGAUCCUCGACAUUGACGGAGAUAAUGCCUCGUGCAUCGUCGAGCCAGGCGUAUCGUACUUUGCUUUAUAUGAGGAGAUUCAACGCCGGAACUUACCCUUGUGGAUCGACUGCCCUGAUCUAGGUGGUGGGAGCGUGUUGGGCAACGCUAUCGAUCGAGGCGUAGGAUACACUCCGUAUGGCGACCACUUCGCAAAUCACUGCGGCAUGGAACUCGUACUGCCGACAGGCGAGGUUCUAAGGACCGGCAUGGGUGCAAUGCCUGGCAAAAACGGCGCCGACAACCCGACAUGGCAGUCCUUCCAGGCUGCGUACGGACCAUACGUGGACGGAAUUUUCAGCCAGAGCAACUACGGAAUCAUCACGAAGAUGGGCUUCUGGCUGAUGCCGGCAACAGGCCACCAGAGUUACAUGAUCACGUUCCCGCGCGAGGAAGACUUCCCGCAGAUUGUCGAGAUCAUCCGACCACUCGCCCAGAAGCGCGUACUGGGCAACAUCCCCCAACUGCGGCACGUAAUUCAGGAGCUCGCCGUGACGGGGAAGCCGCGGUCUUUCUGGUACGAUGGGCCAGGGCAGAUGCCGCGGGACGUGAUUCGUGAGCGUGCGUCUAAAUUGCCCUGUGGCGACGUGAGUUGGAUCUUUUACGGAACGCAGUACGGCGACAGCCAGGUCGCGAUCGACGCUCAACUGGACAUGAUUCGACAAGCGUUCGGCAAGAUCAAGGGAUCCAAGUUCCUUUUGCCCAAGGACGUCCCAGACGAUCACUACCUACACUCGCGCGUGCAGGUGUGCAGUGGUGUCCCCGUGUUGCGUGAGCUGGAUUGGUUGAACUGGCAACCUAAUGCGGCGCAUUUGUUCUUUUCGCCCAUCUCGCCGACCAAGGGCAAGGACGCGACUUUGAUUCACAGCACCAUCACCAAGUUGCAUGCCAAGUAUGGGUUUGAUGUAUUUCCUACCAUGUGCGUUGCUGGCCGGGAAAUGCAUUACAUUGCCAAUAUCGUUUAUGACCGGUCGAAUGCGGACCAGAAGCAGCGCGCUACGGGCCUGAUGCGGGAGAUGAUUCGUGAGGCGGCUAAGGAAGGCUACGGGGAGUACAGGACGCAUUUGCUCUUUGCGGAUCAGGUCGCCGAGACGUACAGUUGGAAUGGCGGGGCGUUGAGGAAAUUCAAUGAGACGAUCAAAGAUGCGUUGGAUCCGAACUCGAUCCUGGCGCCGGGGAGGAAUGGUAUCUGGGGGAAGAAGUUCCGUGGGAAGGGUUGGGAGAUUUUGGACGGGGAUAAGAGGAAUAUGCUCAAGGACGGUGUCAGUCCGAAGUUGUAGUGGAUUCCGUAGCAUUCGUGAUGGAUAGAAAGGGACGGAUGUCGUGUAGAUCAAUGAACCGUUCAUGAGACAGGUGCUGCAAGGUGAAAGAUCAUU